AUGGCCGAUUCUCUUACCGAAGAGCAAGUUUCCGAGUACAAGGAGGCGUUCUCCCUGUUCGACGAACGUGUUCUUUGGAACGACUGCCACAAUUUGCCUCAUGACGAAGGAAACAGCUCGCUAAAUCCUCCUUCUUAUACAGGCCAAAUCACCACCAAGGAGCUCGGCACCGUCAUGCGCUCUCUUGGCCAGAACCCCUCCGAGUCCGAGCUGCAGGAUAUGAUCAACGAGGUCGAUGCUGACAACAACGGCACCAUUGAUUUCCCUGGUAAGAGCUCCACCGCCGCCGCUACGACUACGGUCGGGUGCGCACAAGCACGGACGGACACAACCACUGACACUGCGCGCAAAGAGUUCCUCACCAUGAUGGCCCGCAAGAUGAAGGACACCGACUCCGAGGAGGAGAUCCGCGAGGCGUUCAAGGUGUUUGACCGCGACAACAACGGUUUCAUCUCUGCCGCUGAACUGCGCCACGUCAUGACCUCCAUCGGCGAAAAGCUGACCGACGACGAGGUGGACGAGAUGAUCCGCGAGGCCGACCAGGACGGCGACGGCCGUAUCGACUGUACGACCCCCUCCCUCCCCACACCCCCACCUGAGCUCACUCAGAUACUAAUAUUCCUGCAGACAACGAGUUCGUUCAGCUUAUGA